AGGCUUGAUUCCUUAAUUUAAGUUGUGCCCAUUUUCAAGCUUCCAAUCGAUCAGAGGAUAUGUGAUCUCCCAGCGCAUAACUGGCCACGUUAGGGUAAUGGGUGUAAAUUCUCAAAAAUAAAAUUGAAAUUUGCGCUUAUCAAUUCAAGCUACUCCAUUUUUUGCUAAACCAUACGCACAUCAUCGAUCCUUAUUUAUUUUUCCAACAUUAUUGCUUGGGCAUCCCUUAUUUUCACAUACACCCCUUCUUGCAAAAUGUCCAGCGGCUCAAACACUAUUAUCGGACGGCUCAAGGAGGAGCCGCUUGUGCCGCUCGGCUUUGUGGCAACGGUUGGCGCCUUUCUAUACGCAGCGCGUGGCAUGCAUCGCGGAAAUGUCGGGCAGACUCAGUGGGGCAUGCGCGCACGUGUGGUAAUGCAGGGACUGACCGUCGCCGCGCUGCUCGGAUAUGGCGUGUUCCAAACAACAAAGGACUCGAAGCGGCCGGGUAUGAUGGAUGAUAUUCGCCAAAUUGACUGGGAAAAGUUGGAGCGUGACGCCUUGGCUGCCGAGAACGGCGAAAAGCAGGCGGAUGCGCCAAUGUCACCAUUGGACAAGCUUGUUGCCAAAGCCCACGCUAGAAGGGCUAACGGAAACGUGUUCGCUUCCGAGUCUAGCGAUAAAAAGGAGUGAAUCGGGAUCUGGUAGCCUAUAGUCGUUAGUAUUAUUCCCUUUUUAUGUUAAUAUUCUUGAUUAGCAGAAAUAGUAUAUAUAAAAUAGCGUGAGCCACUCA